AUGGGUGACGAAGAGGUAGGAGGACCAGGUGGUGAUAUUCUCGCGGGCCUUGCGGACAAUGUGCUGGGUGGUGGUGGUAGAGGUGGCUAUAAUAACUAUGACGGCGGAGGCGGUGGCUUCUUCGGUGGCGGUGGACAACCGCAGCCGUCACCGUCACAGCCAAAAUCUAAGGGCAGCAAAGCGCUCGACUUUAUUGGCGGAUUGAUCGGUGGUCGAAAGGACGACAAGAAAGGCCGAGACCCAAUGGGUGACAUCAUCGGCGGCAUCCUAGGUGGUGGAGGUUUGCUUUUUGUGCUUUCCAGCGUGCUACAGUCGGCAUUGUGA